GAAAAUAUUUUACUAGAAUCUAGGCUGGGAGGUUUCGCUUUCUUGUGGUCGUGGUCGCUCAAUUCGGGUCUUACCGUGGCAGUCUCUACUAGCACAAGAUUGAUUUACUACCUAGCUGAACAGAGCACUUCUGUUUUUGUACAUGGUUGUGGAUUCCUAGAUGCUCGUCGCCAGAGACCGCAUUCGACGCAUAUGGCGAUGAGAGAAGGCUCGCGAAGCCCCUCGCAGAGGGCGCCUCUGGUCGGGGCAAUGGGGCAGGGCCGCGCUCCCCUGUCGAAUGCAAAACAAAGACCACGAGGCGACGAGGUAGACGAGCCAUCAUGGCUACAGAAAAAGCACGAACGGCACCCGGCCGCUACAACUUUUUGCUGCAUCGGAACACUGCUGCUUGCGUCAGCAGGACUCAUCACCUUCAACAAAUUUCUCAUUGCGGGCGGGCGCUUUUCGUACCCCCUCGCACUCACCGCCUGGCACAUGUUUGUGUGCGCGAUUUUCUCUACCGGUACUAACUUUCAUUUUUCCUUCCAGAUAAGGCGAGAUUUGGUAGACAACCAAGGCAGAGCAAACGGUAUUGGACAAUUAAUCCGACAACACACACGCAACUGGUAGCCUUUUCAGGAAAUGUCAGAAGCAAUCAGGAUCUGCGCAAUCCAAAAAUUGACAUCGAACAACUUUUUGGGCAUAUUGGCAAAGGAUCUGCCUCUGACAGCAUAUGUUCGUCUGGAUCAUUCACCCUAAAUCCUCUGUCACUUUGAAGUAGGAAAGAUUUUGAAAGAACGAAAGAAUAUCUUGUAAUCUGAUUUUUUCCAUCUUGAUAUUUUUUUGAUUCUGCACUGGUCGUGAAAUAAUCUUUACUCUUUGUUUUAAUAUUUCGCAGUGCUGUACUGGCGGAAGCCGGAUUGGUUUACCACGAUGAACUACAUUAACCGUGAGACGGCAUGGGCGUAUGCGAAGUUUAUUGUUCCCAUGUCGCUGUGUUUCGGCAGCAGCGUUGUUUUGUCAAAUACGGCUUACUAUUAAGGCUCACUGCUCGAUGAUAAGUUCUAUUUUGUUACUUUAUCUCUCAAGGCAAGAUUCAUUUUCUUGCAUUCCCACCGUUGUGCUGGUCUUUUCUACGCACAGUCAGAGCAGCGCUGGGUCCUCUUCUAUAUUAAACGGAAGUGCAUGCUUUUGAGAAGACCACCUUGAUGAGAAAAUGAAUUCCGCAGAGCUCUACUGUUUCUUCGCGAGCGUGCCAUUUCUGCAGAUGAUGAAAGAAGGCAACAUUAUCAUCGUUUACGUCAUCUCCCUCAUAGCCUCCGUGGAACAGUAAUUCCUAUGGUCUUUUGAAGAAAGUAAAUCCUUUUGGUAGCAGGGAGUAGGAGCACGACUGCAACGCAUUAUAUUUAUUAUCACACAAACGAUAUCUGUCACACAAUUUGAUCUGAGUCUUUUGAAAAUGACAUACGUUUAACACGUUGGACAAAACUACUUUAAUAUGGUACUGAUAGCUAUCAAACUUUCUUGUUCCUCCCAAACCUGGAGAUAUAACUACUCAUGGUCCACUAGUUCUUAUCCUGGCUGCUCACGCACAUUGAAUCUUCUGUAAUCUGCAAGAAAAGUAAAUGCGCAGCUGCUAUAGAGAUCAUCUACUCUGUAGAAGUUAGUUAGUGAUAAGCAAACCACACUGCAGGUGGUCGUGGCGCAUCGUGACGAUAUUGUUCGUCGUUGCUUCCGGUGCGUAUCUUUCACUGGGAGGCGAGGCGCAUUUUGUGUGGGCCGGAUUUUUCAUGCAGUUUGGUUCGCAGUUCUUUGAUUAUGUUGGCGCGAUGCAUCAUGAUAUCUCAUUCUUUAUACUGAUAACCAGUCCGCCGUUUAUUUUGGAUGGGCUACAUUGUUGAAAUUUGUAAUAUAUCACUACAACAAGUCUAGAGUCAGGGAUGUACUUCGAGUUAUUGCCUUGUUGACUGCUAUGUAUAUUGUAAUCCAUAGGUAUGAAAAAUAUAUUAAUGUAUUCGCUGAGCACGGUGUUGCAGAGUGCUCAUUGACAUGGCACUCAUCAACAUCCACCUAAUGUGUGUGCACGCGGUUGGUUGUCCAGAGUAAAGUGCUCUCGUCUGCCGCUGGGUCCAGUAUCAAGAAAAUAGACGCGCUCACGUUCUUGCUACUUGUUUCGCCGUGCUGCCUGUUUGCUCUCGUAGGGGCACUUGCAUACACGUGGACACCGGAUGUUUUGACUAAGUACUAAUGACAGGAUAAUAUUUAUUGAUGGCAAAGUAGAAUGGUCAUAGGAAUAGUUUUUGUAAUUAGUGCGGAUAAGGGAGGCCUUUGCCUUACGCUCAAGUUGGCGAAAUGGCGAAGACGAGGUGAAGCGUGCUACCAAUUUUUUCCUGGUGAGACCGCUUGACUGACUUCUGAACACGAUGGCUAAGCAGACUUAAAAUUCAUUUGGCUGGCUGGGAGAAAAUGUGGCGAUAGACAAAAAAACGCAGCAGCAGGCGAAACACCUAGAAGCAAUCUAAGAAAAGAUUCUUCUUCCCUUUAGUGUUCAGAUACUUAACUUAUUUAUUACUUGUUUUAACAGUGGAGACUUACGUACAAGUAGGAUCAAAGCAGGUUCCUGGAGUCGUGGCCCUAUAUGGUGGGAAACGGCCUCGUUGCGCUACUUCUGAAUGCGACGACGUCCCUUUUCCUUGGGUGCUUCUCUCCGCUGACGUUUGUGGUAGCAGGAAUGAUGAAAGAUUUUCUCAUCGUGGUGGUUAGCGUGCAGUUGCUCGGCGAAAACAUCACGCCAAUGCAAGCCUUGGGCUUCUCCAUUGAGGUAUAGAUGCAUCAAAGCAUCCGUCUAAGAUGCAAGUUUUAUUUAUUAUUGUAGUAGAACGAACAGCCAUGAAGUAGAAGCUUUUCCUUUGAUCGACUAAUAAAAACGCCUCUUCUGCUAUGGUGAUUCGUUGUACUUGUAUUGCAACAACAAAAAGGAAUGGCAAAAUUUCGAUCCCUCUCCUUCUCUCUCAAGAAUCAUUUCAACACUCGCAUGAUGACGCUACAAAUGACUAGGAGCACGUACUCAAACGAAAUAAUAGCCGUUGUCUUCAUAGGAGGAAGAACAUAUUACAGGUAUUCGGUGUCGCGUGCUAUUCGACCAUUAGAGCUUGUUCUGACGAUUUUCCAGCGGAUCGCUGGGUCGUUGAGGUUUUGUAUACCAAGCUGGCCACGCGGGUGACAAACGAAAUUAUGAAGCGCAAGGUUUACCUAGAGUCGUCGCUAUUAAAGUAAAGAUGAACAUCUAAAGCAGGAGCUGGACUGUAAGUUUACUGGCUAGUAUGCUGGCAGUGGUAACUUGUGACACUUCACUGACAGCACUAUAAGAAUUUUCUGCAUUUCUUUCCAUUUCGUUUGCAAGCGAAGAGCAUUUCUGUUACGCCAGAAAAAAUUCUAAAAAUUUGUCCGCCCCAACCAAGGGUGUGAUGGUUGUCGAUCCUGCGAAGAGUUCGAGGCUUCUCUCUACCAGCAGAACGAGCGCGGUAAGUAUUGCGUCCACAACCGGGUCUUCAAGGCGGGAGAGCGACGCCUCGUCGCUGCGCGACAGCAGCAGUGAUGCUAGAAUAGUCGAGGUGCUGUCCUCCGACUUGAGAAAAAUCUCCUCCUUUGAGGAGGAUAGCAACGGCGUCACCACAUCCUCAGACCAGGAGCGAGAAGGUUCCACCCUAAGCUCAGGGGACGAGCGUCUUUUACGGGGAACAUUGAGCGAAUCCAGCACAGCAAGCGCCAGAGGGCCUGUUGCCAAUGUGUAGAACAAGUCGCGCUGGGACAGUGGAGUCAUAGAGUCUUGAAUUGGAAACAUCAAACCGCCUUUCAGCCGACCGACUCUUCCCUAAUCCCUAAUCCCCACUUCGUCACAGAGAUCUAGCCACCUUUCGGCUCACCCGCGUAACUUUGUCUCGGCCGCAGGCGUGCAGGCAUUCACAAAUAUCGUAUGCACAGAGUGCCACUUGUCGCGUUGUACAGGUUGCUGUGUCGUGUCACACAGUAUGAAACAUAGUACCCAUUUCCAAGAAGUGGACCGCAUAGAGUUUUUUUGCAUUGGACAGCAAAGUGUAGUUCUAGUUUCGAAAUGAUCCAUCCAUUCCUGAGUUGAAACAUGUCGUCGUAGGUAGGAGAGUAAUAGCAUGAGUCAGGACCAGAUGAAUCGUCAGAAGCAUAUCUAUCGUUCAGGACAUAUAAUAUAUUUACAUGUUAGGGAUCAAGAUUAACAGGCAGCUCGUAAAGGAUCAUGCUCAUACUGUCAUCGUUUCAAUGUAGUAUGCCGUGAAGUUCUUUGACGCUAUCGAAGUCGAUAGCUUUGCAUCGCGCUCGUCCGUCGCCCUGUCGAUGAUAAAAUGCCCGAAAAUGAAUGCAAGUCCUUGUCCUGCGUCUUCGUAGUUGUCGACAAAAAUAAGUCGCGCACGCUAAACAGAAGCCCUCGACUUCGUAGUGAAGUAGACUUACCUGGCACUGG